AUGGGGCCAGGAGCUGUGGACACUGACAGCCAAGUGCCACUGCAGCGAGGGUACCGUAUUGGUGGCAAUGGACACCAGAAGAGUGGAUGGUGGCCAGAACCUCCUUGUAACUGCAAGAGACGCACUGUCACCCUCACAGUCGCCCUCGCAAUCAUGUUCUUAGGUCUCAUUAUCACUGUUAUUGUCCUGGCAGUGUUGCUAUCUUGGUGUUCUCCUGCUGCCCUGGGCCCCUGCUGCCCGGACGGCUGGGUCGGAUACCGAGGGAGGUGCUACUAUUUCUCCGAGGCCGAAGGGGACUGGAACAGCAGCCAGAGACACUGCUCCUCCCUCGAUGCCUCCCUGGCUGGGAUCGAAAUCCUGCAGGACCUGGAUUUCCUGCUGCGCUGUAAAGGCCUCCCGAGGGACCCGGGGCAGCCCUGGAAAUGGGUUAAUUGCACCAAAUUCAACCGCCUGUUUGUAAUAACAGCAGAUGGUGACUGCGUGUAUCUGAAUUAUGAGAAUGGGGUCAGCAGCUCACAGUGCACCAGUGAGAGACUCUGGAUCUGCAGCAAACCUGAUGCGUUUACAAAGGCGAAGGAGGCGGCAGUGGAAGGGGGCUCAUAACAAGAGUAUUAUCAAAAAUUAGCCCUGGAAAAGCCUGUUCACCCCCUUCCAGGAGCCCAUUGGGUUGGAAGGGGCAGGGAGGGGGUAGGUGUGACACUGGCAGACCAGGUAUCAGCUCAUGCCAAAGUUCCCAUGUCUCAGUAGGACACUGACAAAUCCCCAGCUGGGGUCAGGCUGGCUCACCUGUGUGUUAAAAUAGGUAUUAGCAUUAUAAGCAUGUGCUUAGACUUUAGUGAAAGCGUGUGAGCUGCUGCAGCAUUAAUCCUGCUUCUGACAGUCGCAUCCCACAUCGUAAGGUGAUACUGGAGCA